AUGGGCUUCACGGGCAUCGCCGUCGGCACCCUCAUGGGCCUCUCUACCAAGCUCGGCAGCAACGUGCUGCAGAAGGUCCCGUACAUGCGACACCCGUGGGAGCACGUGCUAUUCAUGGGCGUGGGUGCUGGACUGGGCAGCUAUCUGCAGAACAAGUACCACCGGGACCUGGAGGAGGUGGAGGAACUGCGACUUUACCUGGAGCGCCGCGAGGACGUGAACAAGAAGGCGUAA